AUGAUGAUGGUGACUGUGGGAGGGAACAUGGUGACUGUGGGAGGGAACAUGAUGAUGGUGACUGUGGGAGGGAACAUGGUGACUGUGGGAGGGAACAUGGUGACUGUGGGAGGGAACAUGAUGAUGGUGACUGUGGGAGGGAACAUGGUGACUGUGGGAGGGAACAUGAUGAUGGUGACUGUGGGAGGGAACAUGAUGAUGGUGACUGUGGGAGGGAACAUGGUGACUGUGGGAGGGAACAUGGUGACUGUGGGAGGGAACAUGGUGACUGUGGGAGGGAACAUGGUGACUGUGGGAGGGAACAUGGUGACUGUGGGAGGGAACAUAGUGACUGUGGGAGGGAACAUGGUGACUGUGGGAGGGAACAUGAUGAUGGUGACUGUGGGAGGGAACAUGGUGACUGUGGGAGGGAACAUGAUGAUGGUGACUGUGGGAGGGAACAUGGUGACUGUGGGAGGGAACAUAGUGCAGGAUGCCAGUGGCGACCUGUCGUUCGGGGCAGUCAGAGCCGUGAUGUCUCAGAGAAAGAGAGCAUCCAACACACAGAGCUCCCAGAACAAAGGAGUUCGGUCCCAGCGUUGGGAGGCGGUGCUAGGUGAUGAUGAGGAUGACCCGUCCUUCACCCAGCCCAGUACGUCGCAGGUACAGAAGGGUCUGGACAGACUGACACCUGCUCAGGUCGACCUGAAGACAGCUGAGGUUGUCCAGUUCAUCUUCGUUAAGGACCAGAAAAAGUUCCCCAUCCGCAGAGCAGGAGUACAGGAACAUCUAUCUGAGAUUAUAAAGAGGGUGGGAUCUGUUUUUGAGACAGUGUUUGGUCUGAAGCUGGUGGAGAUCGACUCUAAGAACCACGUCUAUCCUCAUCUGGAGCAGCUGUUUGAGGGAGAAUCUCUCAACAUGAGUCCCAGUAAUCCAAAGACAGGUCUACUCUUCGUAAUCCUCAGCAUCGUCUUCAUGAAGGGGGGUGUGGUCAAGGAGAGUAUGGUGUGGAACACACUGAAGAAGCUGAGAGUUGAUCAAGGGGAGAGACACGAGAUUUUUGGAGACGUGAAGAAGGUCAAGUACGAUGAGUUUGUCCGUCAGAGGUACCUGGAGUAUGUGCGUAUCCCACACACAGAGCCGUUGGAGUUUGAGUUCCGUUGGGGUCAGAGGGCAGACAUGGAGGUGUCAAAGGUUAAACUACUGGAGUUCAUUGGACAGCUCCAUGAACAGGAUCCUCAGAGCUGGACUCAGCAGUACAGAGAAGCCACCGCCCCUCCUGCCGCCCCGGCAGUUGUCACCUCUGCUAACACGAGCGCCAGUGUUAGCCAGAGAUAGAGGGGGGUUGUGGGAAGUCAUUCUGUGUGUUUGUUUAGUGUGUUCUACUCCAGUCUGUUUCUUUUGGACUGUUCUGUUAGUGAAACAAUAACAGUAGAGAAUCACACACCGGUUCAUUCAGUCAUUGUUAUAUUAAUUUAAGGUGACAUUGUUUUCAUUUGUCAAGUUCAACAAUAAAAAUGAUUUUAUACAAAUGUUA